CUAGGAAUCUAACGGAGUACGGAGUGUAAACCGUAAGGUGCAUUUUCAGAUUCGUGAAAUAGAUAGUUUGUCGGUUUUUUCAGCAGUGACUUUGAAAUUUAAAAGUUCGCGCGUUUGACUGUAAAAUAAUUUAAUUAUUUGCAUGUUCAUUCUUAAAGUUUAAAAGGUGGCACGCUAAUUUUCUGGAAAUGGUGCAUUCCACAUAAACAGAUGACGAUGUACUCCAAGUUAACACCUGCUGUUAUCUGAAGAUAGAAUAAUAUAUUAUGGGUUCUGAUUUCUACAGAAUAAUUUCCUGCUGAGAUAUACAAGAACCGAGGCCGUUAAUAUGAAACUGCUGCUAUUUUUUGCACUUUUAUCUUUUUCAUCAUCUCAAGACCUCUCACCAACGUUUCCUAACCGUCAUCCAGUGAAGAGAAGCUACGUAUGUCCUCCAAAGUUCAUCAGACAGGGUCACAGGUGUUACUAUUUUAGCAAACAUCCCCUGUCAUGGAACGAAGCGUUGUUUCAAUGUCGAGAUAUGCACAGCAAUCUUGCUGUUGUUCAAAAUAGGAAUCAAGAUAAGCUAAUAAAGAGUUUUUUGAGUAAAAAGACACUAGAUCCUCUGGAACGAUGGUUAGGAGGGGUUUACGAUUGGCGCAAGAUGGCUUGGAAAUGGGCUGCUUCUGGAAAACCUCUAGCAUUCAAUGGUUUUCCUAAAGAAGUAUCUCCUAAAGAUCCAGAAAGCUUAAGGUGGCACUGCAUUAUUGUUGAUCCUGCCUUACAAUUUAUGUGGAGUUCAAGGAGUUGCGUCGAACAAAAACACUUCAUCUGCCAAACGCGUUUGAAAACAGUGAACAACCGUGAGAAGAAGAAACUCAAACGACAGUAUAAAGCUGACAAAGAUAAUAAACUAAAUGAAAUUCCUGUUCCCCUUAUUAAUGAUUCUACAAAUAACGUAACAUCUUUGAAAUAUAACAUCCCCAUAACCUACCAUUUCGAAGUUAACGAAAACUUAAAUGACAAGACGAUGUUUGCUUAUAAAUCACCAGAAUUGUCUAAAAACUCUAGGCGAGUGAAUCCUCACAGAAACAAGAAACGAAAUCCUCAAAGGAUAAGACAAAUUCGUCUAGCAAAUGGAACCAUUGCAGAAGUACCGAGUCGACGAUUAAACAGAAAUAAGCAAAAUAAGAAAACUAAAAAUAUGGGAAAACCUACUUUGAUGAAGAACAUUCGAUGGAAAACUUACUAUAAAAAAGAAAAAUUACCGAAUCCUUUAUACCCACAACCCAUAGUUGAAGAAUACAACUACGUUCGAGAUGGUUGAGUAUUUUAGUUAGGUAUCAGCUUAGAAGCCUUAUUAUGUAAACUUUAGUGGACCAAAACAGAUUACUUGCUGAUUUAACAUGAUAUGUCAAUACAAAUUUUCUAUUUUAGAAUGUAUCAGUACCUGUAUUCAUUUAUGUAAUUCUUGUCUUAUGCCUCUUUUUUGUAAAAUCCAUCGAUAGUCUUUCUUUGACUGCGUCGUUUUUGAAUAAUGUGUAUAUUCAGAUAAUGUAAAGCUUAAAGUUAUCAGUAAUGUCUUCAGUUAAAAUGUAUACCGAGUGUCAGCGCAAAAAGUUCGAAUAAUGUAUUUUUUGGGUCUUUAAAAGAUAUACAGUAGUGUUCCAUAAAAUUGUAUCCAUAUGAAAUUUUUUUAAACAUUACCUUUGGAAAUAAAGUUCGUAAGAUAUUCAACUUUGCUUUUUUAAAAGCUGCAUUAGUUAUCGGUCAAAUUUAAUCAUUUUUAUAACAUUGUUCAACUGCAAUCAUUUGCUCGAAAUUAUCAUUGGAAUUAUCAGAAGUUGUCUGGCAAAUUAUAAGGGUUUUGGAUUCUGGUAUCUUUCUUGUUAGUAAUUGUGUAAUCAUCAACGUUUUCGAGACGUGCUCGAAUUUUUAAAGUAGUCGUGACCAACUCCUUUCCGAUCAGAAUUCCUCGACCAAUCUCUUCAUCGUGGUUCCAAGGUUCCAUCAUAACAUAUGUUCCUUAUUCCAUAGUUUCUUGUAGGCGUGCUACUAUAAUGGUUUCAUUUCUACCAGAUUCCUCCGUAUCUUCCUGUACAGCUACUGGCAUUGUACUGUCCCCAUAUGGAUGUAGGAAUACCUCUUCGGCACUAACUUUGAUCACUCUGUUUUUAAAAUCCAACUGGAAACCAUCUUAGUUCAUUACAUCUAUUCCAAGUAUAACAUCCAUCUUCAAUAUCGGCGAUAAUAACAGUAUAAGUGAUGUAUAUUAGCAAUUUCACCUGUGUCAGUCCGCAGUCGAAACCUUGAUGGUAAAAUUGUAUACUUUUUACUAUUUACGAGUUCGCUGUCUACGACUCUAGGACCACCCGCUCCAAUUUUCUUCAUUUGCUGUGACCCUAGGACAUUUGUACGAAUUGCGAACCGCAAUUUCAGCACCUGAUGGUCUUUAUCUUCUUUUCAGUAAUACUUUUCAUUAUGUUCACUAGUUGGUCGAGCUUUUCUCCACAAUUUCUUCUUUUACAGUCCUCCAAAAGCCUCCAAAAGCCUGUGUAGCUACCUCAGACUCUAGAGCAGCGGACGAGACAUCGACCAAUGUUUUAUGAGUGUUAUCUGCAUUUCGUAGUCACAGAGUCCAUCAACAAAUGUUUAGACUAUCAAAUAUUCAAUCAUGUUUUUUUGGAGCUGAUGGGUAAGCAAAUCGCACCAACCUGGCAAUAACUACUUCAUAUUCUUGAAGGGUCUCGUCUCGUUUCUAUUUGCGAUUCUUUAAUUAUGAGUGGUAUAAGUGUUCGUGGCCAUAUCGCAUGUUUAGUCACUUUCUAAGUUGUUCAAAUACAUCUGUCUCCUCCACAGGUAUAGUUUGAAAGAUUAUUAUUAUCCAUUGUAAUUGUAAAAUAAAUAUUCUUGGAUUCACUAAAGAAAAAUUGUACGAAUUGUGUAGCGAUCGAAAAUGUAGUAUAGAUCGACAGAAAUAACAAAACCUGUGAGACGUGCUGCGCUUAAAUGCUCUUGUGGGCUUCAGCUAUUUCUACUGUACUAUACUUUAAAAUCUGUAAUAGAAAAAAUAAUUCAAUGGCCUUUGUAUAUAUAUUUUUUGUUUUUAUUUGUACCUACUUCUGUAUUUAUUAAACAUUAUUUUUGCUGUAAGUAUUAACUGUAAAUAUUUUUGUUCUUUAAUUUAAAUGAUAAAGAAUAUCUCAUAAAUAUAAUUUAAGAUUAUGGAAAUGUAUAGAUAUAGAUGGUAGAAGAGUUAAAAAUAAUUUACAGCUUAAGCUUAUUACGAUACUGCUUAAUGUAGGUAGACCCUACAAUGAUGAUAACUAAGUUCACGUUUUUAUACUUUUACUUAUAAACCUUUAGAGCUUAGAAUAUCGUAGAUCAUUUUUAAUUAUUUCUACCUCGUCUAACGUGCUAUUUUUGAGAUAUAUUUACGCAAUUUUGUAUAUUGCUUUUUUAUUUAAUACAUCCAUAUUGUUCCUCAUUUUUUAUAUUUUUAUUCGGCACAUAAAUAAUAAAUAAAGCAGCUAAAGAAUUUA